AUGAUCAUCACUGGAGAGAAUGAUGAAGAGCAUCUUGGAAACCCAAAAGAAGUUUUACGUAGCUUGCAGACUCAUGGGUUAAGAGCAAACAAGACAAAAUGUGAGUUUUUCAACGAGAAGAUAACCUUCUGUGGACAUGAUAUCGCCAGUCAUGGUCUCCACAAGACACUAGAAAAGGUGGAGAGAAGCUUAGGCAAUAAUCUGAGGGGUCAAGAAGUUCCAUAUGUAUUUUUUGACCGAUCUUUCACCCUUUACACCGAUCAUCAGCCGCUAACAUUCCUCUUCCAUUCGCAUAAGAGCAUUCUAGUGGUUACGGCAUCCAGGCUUCAGCGCUAUGCAUUAUUCCUGGCUAGCUAUGACUACCAAAUCGAGUACAAGAACACUACAGGGCAUAGCAAUGCAGAUAGCUUUUCCCGGCUACCAUUCAAAACCGAAGAGAGAGCAAAAGAAGUUGUGGAUCCAGUGAAUGGUUUCAAUAUGAUACAAUUUGAGCCGUUACCAAUCACAGCUGACAACGACCGAAGAGAAACCCAACGAGACCCUGUCUUCAGUCAAGUCCAUGAGAUAGAGACUAAAGGAUGGCUAAGCAGCCAUGUUCCUGUACUAGACCCCUUCUACGCUUGCAGGAAUGAGAUAACAGUACACUCAGGCUGUUGGAUGUGGGGAAUCAGAGUCAUAGUACCCUCAAAACGUCGUCCACAAGUGCAUGAAGAACUCCAUCAGGGACAUCUUGGAGUGGUGAAGAUGAAGGCCCUAGCGAGAAGCUACAUAUGGUGGCCAGGAAUCGACAAGGAAAUUGAGGAAACCCCGAAGACCUGCUCGGGUUGUCAGCCAAUGCAGGCUGAACCUAUAACCGCACCUGUACAUCCAUGGGAAUGA